AGAGGGGGCCGCCGGUAGUGCUGGGCGGUGCUGGCGGUCUCCGGGGCGGGCAGAGUGACUGGCAGAGCGCUCCGGGGCCGGGGCUGCGCUGGGCUGGCGGCGGGCGGCGCUUCCCGGCCCUCCCUGGCGGCUGAGCCCGACAGCGCCGAUCAGAAAAUGGGGGUGGACGACGGGUGGGGGGAGCGAUGCGUCCUCGACUCCCGGUCUCCUAAAAUGGCGCUGAAGAGCUGGGCCUGCUCCUCCUGGAGUUCUGGAGGCAGCUGAGGAGGCUGCGCCUGUCGUGUUGAACUCCGAAAAAAAUGAACCUUGUUUCCCUCGGUCUGGCUGUGGCGGAAGUUUGGCAGCUGCAGACAGGGCUGCAGCAACUUCGUGUUCUCUGUGAAAUUGAGCUACGUCUUAGGAAAUAAAGAAAUGGAUGGGAUGGAUGAAACAUCUAAAAAAAUCCUAGAGCCAUACCAGUAUUUGCUUCAACUACCAGGUAAGCAAGUGAGAACCAAACUGUCCCAGGCCUUUAAUCACUGGCUGAAUGUUCCGGAAGAUAAAAUACAGGUUAUCAUUGAAGUGACAGAGAUGUUGCACAAUGCAAGCCUACUUGUGGAUGAUAUUGAAGAUAACUCAAAGCUACGACGGGGCUUUCCGGUGGCACACAGUAUCUAUGGAAUUCCAUCUGUAAUCAACUGUGCUAAUUAUGUUUAUUUUCUUGGCUUAGAGAAGGUUUUAACCCUUGAUCAUCCAGAUGCUGUUAAAGUUUUUACCCGUCAACUUUUGGAACUCCAUAAAGGUCAAGGCUUGGAUAUUUACUGGAGGGAUACUUACACCUGUCCUACAGAGGCUGAGUAUAAAGCCAUGGUACUGCAAAAGACAGGCGGUCUCUUUGGAUUAGCUGUAGGCCUCAUGCAGCUAUUCUCAAAUUAUAAAAAAGACUUAAAGCCACUUCUUAACACACUUGGUCUCUUCUUCCAAAUAAGAGAUGACUACGCCAACUUGCACUCCAAAGAAUAUAGUGAGAACAAGAGUUUUUGUGAAGACUUAACUGAGGGCAAGUUCUCAUUCCCAACCAUUCAUGCAAUUUGGUCAAGACCUGAAAGUACUCAGGUGCAAAACAUUUUACGUCAAAGGACGGAGAACAUAGAUAUAAAAAAAUACUGUGUACAUUACCUUGAAAAUGUUGGCUCCUUUGAGUACACUCGGAAUACAUUGAAAGAGCUUGAAUCUGAAGCCUAUAAACAAAUUGAAUCACUUGGGGGAAACCCUGAGCUUGUAGCACUAGUUCAACAGCUGAGCAAAAUGUUCAGAGAAACUGAAAAUUAAAAAAUCAACUUCUAGGUGUGGAUUAAAACUCUUUUGAAAAUGGGAAAAUAACCAGAUGGAGAGGUGUGAUAAUCAGUUUUAGGAAAAAAGAUUCUCUUGUAGCCGUGUUACAGAAAUAACAGUUAAAAAUAACUUGUCAUUGAGUUUUGAAAUAUGUACCGUAUUAGCUGUAAAGUCUUAACUGUAACUGCUUUACAGUUGUUUUUGUUAAAGCAGGUGUACUAGAACUAAGCAAGUUUUGAGUCUAAAUGUAAUAGUCUUGACACAAUCACAGGCAUUAUUUCACACCUAAAAUACUUAUGCCCCUAACCAGUCUAUGAUAGGAUUCUGGUUGAAAUUCUGUGUAAAAUUAAAUCAGGUUGACAUGUAUAUUAUGCGUUUUAAACAGUGCUUUUGUAAGCCAAAAUUUGUGUUUAAAAAAAAAAAAAAAGUACUUGCAACCACAAUGCACAUGAAACUGUUGUGUGAUAUUUCUAAGUUUGACUUCUGAAGAUCAGGUGGAUCAGUUUACUAUGUCCUAGGGUGAAUAUCCUAUCCAGCUUCUGUGGAUAUUUUCAGGGGAAUGUGAAUUUUGAAAGAUACUAUUUCAUAUGCAAAUAAGAUAUGCUCAGUCUGAAAUUGUGACUUCAUAAAGAUUUUGAAGUACCUUAGAGAAAAGAUUUUAUCACAUCAGUGAAGUGUAAAUUUGCUGCUGAUUCCAGCUCUGCAGUGAGUAAUUUUGCUCACCUGGUUUUAGAUUUUGAAGUUAUCAGACAUUCUGUAGCCAGAAACUUAAAUCUAUGCAUUAGACCUCAUAUAUGUGACUGUAAAUAGCAAUAUAAUGAACUGCUAUUAGAAAUGGAAAGUGAUUCACACCAGGUAACUUUAGGACACCAUAACUGGUGCAGGUCUCUUUAAUCUCUGAUUAUAAUUGAGGGGCUUCUCCAAGACUUUAUUCAUAAUUCAUAUUUCAUUCCUGUUCUGAAUUGCUAUCUGGAGGCAUGUUCUAUAUCUCUCCAAAGAGACAAGAGCUGUAAUUUUUUUGUUAAAACAAAGUACAGUAUCUUGUUUUACAAGCUAUAAUACCACUUCAGUUUUGUUAAUUGCUUAAAUAGAGCUUUAAAAUUAUCAAAAUACCAAAAUAGAACUGGGACAGAGAGCAAGAUUUAGGGGUUGGGAUAAGUAUAAAUAAAUAAAUAUACAUAUAUAUAAAUAUAUAGAAAAGUGUUAAUAAUAUGUAAGCAGAGAUGUUUGGUUUUUUUCUUGCCUGGGCUGGCUUUAAUCAGGUUCAGUUCCCUUAGUACUCACAGGUAUUUUAAUCUUUGCUUUGGGCUAGCAAGGUAGUAGUUUGGAUCAAAGAUAGGACUGGUGCUAUAAGCUGUGAUGCUGGCUCAGGCAUACUCGGAAAUGGACAGAGGUAGUUGUCUUCUGAUGGCUAAAGGAUAGUUUUAUGCAGGUGUUCAUUUACUGUACCUGGAAAACAGGGAGAGCUAUGAUCUCAGCCCCCUGAGAAAACUAACUGAAGGAGAUUGCUGUAAUGCCUUUCCUGGGCAGCCUUAAUACCUUCCUGAAAGUGAUCAAACAUGACAAAAUUGAGGAUGACUGCUUUCAGUCUGAAAUAUUAUGUGGUUAUGGAUGAUAGCCUAUCCCUUUUAUCUGCAUGCUGAGCAGAAAUCUUUGUCUGAUUAGACACAGAAUAAUAGGCUUUUCACUGAAUGGACCUGGUUACUGGGACUGAAUAGCUUAAAGUUGGUGAAAGGUGUCUUUAAUGUUAAUGAAAGAGAAUUGUAAUUCCUUUUUCAUAACUUGCAGUGCUUAGUAAGCCUGUAAAUUUUUAAUGUGUUAUGUGAAAAUACUAUCUGCAGCAAAUUACAUUUAUUUUGUGCCAUGUCUUGGGAGUUUCUAAGCACUGUUGCAGUUAAUGUUGAAUAGGAGAAAGCACUGAAAAGAUUAUUGUUAUCAUGAGAGUCUCCUAGUCUACUGUAAAAUGUAUCCUUGUGCCUGUUAGAAUAUUGUAACUGCAACACAAUGCAAAGUGCACUUAGUGCCAUUUCAUUUCUGGUCUGUUGCUGGAUGUAAACAGUUCUGUGUAAUCAAACUUUCAUAAUGAAGUAGCUUUUCUUACUUUUUGUAUAAAGCUUUUAUACCAUCUGA